CGACGAAACUAUUUAUAACAUUCGAAAGAUUUCCCUCAUUAAUGUUAUGCACUGUAACAAUAUUGUCUGCAUUUUAUACUUUUAGAUAAUUGGAAAUUUAAUGUACCAAACUUUCCAACUUAUUUUAAGGAAAACCUCUCUGCGUUGCGAAACUGCUUCUUUGUCUUCGUCUAGAAACUACAUACUCUGUUCGAAGAAGGAAAAAAUCAAUUUUACAUCUCAAAUUCUUGAUUGUUCUGUAAAUGGAAACCCUAGGUUUUCGCUGUAACAAUCCGCUUCUAGCUCCUCGUCGCACCACCACCGCCCCCGCCGCCGUUCCCUUAAUAGCCACCUUCAGGACUCGUUGGGCCGUUAAAUGCGGCAUUUCACUUCCAUCGUUGGUGGACCACUCUGUCAAGUUCAAGGAAGCUGCAAACGAUGGGAAUUUGAUCCCUCUAUACAGGCCCAUAUUUUCUGAUCACUUGACUCCGGUGCUUGCAUAUAGGUGCUUGGUGAAGGAGGAUGAGAGAGAUGCCCCCAGUUUUCUUUUCGAAUCCGUGGAGCCGGGUUUAAAAGCUUCCAAUGUCGGGCGAUAUAGUGUUAUUGGAGCUCAACCAACAAUGGAAAUUGUGGCGAAGGAGAACAUGGUAACCAUAGUCGAUCAUUUUAAGGGAGAGAGGAUAGAGAAGUUUGUGGAGGAUCCUAUGAAUGUUCCACGCACAUAUAUGGAGAAGUGGAAACCCCAGCGAAUUGAUGAGCUACCCGAAGCAUUUUGUGGUGGUUGGGUUGGUUAUUUCUCAUACGACACAGUUCGUUAUGUAGAAACCAAAAAGCUUCCUUUCACAAAAGCUCCUAUGGAUGACAGAAACCUUCCUGAUGUUCACCUUGGCCUUUAUGAUGAUGUAAUUGUGUUUGAUCAUGUGGAAAAGAAAGCAUAUGUGAUACACUGGGUCAGGUUGGAACAGUAUAAAAACGUUGAGGAGGCCUAUGAUGGUGGGAUGAAUAGAUUAGAAGCUUUAGUUUCAAGAGUGCAUGAUAUACAAACUCCUAGGCUUGCUGCAGGUUCAAUAAAGUUGCACACUAGCCUUUUUGGUCCCUCUUUGAGCAAGUCCACCAUGACCGGUGAAGAAUACCAGAAUGCAGUAAUAAAAGCUAAGGAGCAUAUCCUAGCAGGUGAUAUAUUCCAAAUUGUCCUCAGCCAGCGUUUUGAACGUCGAACUUUUGCAGAUCCUUUUGAAGUGUAUAGAGCAUUAAGAAUUGUCAAUCCAAGUCCAUAUAUGACAUACUUACAAGCAAGAGGCUGUAUCCUGGUUGCUUCAAGUCCUGAAAUUCUUACUCGAGUUAAGAAGGGUGUAGUCACUAACCGACCACUGGCUGGAACUAUACGGAGAGGCAAGACAGUAAAGGAAGAUUAUAUGCUACAAAAUCAGCUUUUGCAUGACGAAAAACAGUGUGCAGAACACAUUAUGCUUGUUGACUUGGGAAGGAAUGAUGUUGGAAAGGUGUCAAAACCUGGCUCCGUCAAGGUCAACAAACUGAUGAACAUUGAACGCUAUUCCCAUGUUAUGCACAUUAGUUCCACUGUUACUGGUGAGCUGCUACCUAAUUUGACCAGCUGGGAUGCUCUCCGUGCAGCAUUGCCCGUUGGAACAGUCAGUGGAGCCCCUAAGGUGAAAGCUAUGGAAUUGAUUGAUGAACUUGAAGUGACAAGACGGGGGCCUUACAGUGGUGGUUUCGGUGGCAUUUCUUUCUCUGGAGAUAUGGAUAUCGCAUUAGCUCUGAGAACCAUCGUAUUCCCGACCAACAUGCGGUAUGACACUAUGUACUCGUACAAGGACAGUGCAAAGCGUCGGGAUUGGGUCGCCUAUCUCCAAGCCGGGGCUGGCAUCGUUGCAGACAGUGAUCCUGCCGAUGAGCAGAGGGAGUGUGAAAACAAGGCCGCCGCUCUUGCUCGUGCCAUCGAUCUUGCCGAGUCAUCAUUCGUCGAAAAGUAACGAUCUUCGCUUCCCCUGUCUAUCCCCAUAAUCCCAGAGGAAAUUUUGGCAAACCUAGUUGUAGAAAGAAAUGUUCAUUUCACUAUAGGGCUUGGGAUGGUUUCUGUUUUUGUAUUUUAUACUUCAAGUUUGUAGAUGGAGAAGAUAGCUUGGGAUGGUUUCUUGCUCCAAAUUUGUUGAUUAAUGAUAUAGGGAAAUUGCUUUUA